AUGAAUUGCCCCUCCCGGACCGACGAUACUCUCCUGCAUGAUGAGUGGAACCAAAAUCCGCCGCGGUUCGCUCCUGACCUGACGACACGCGAAGAUCUUAUUGGUAUUUCAAACGCCCGCGAGCUUAAAGAUGGGGAAAAUAGUCUAGCCAUUAUUCAAAGUCAUCCCAGUUUAGCUUAUACUCAUCCGCUUGAGAGGUCAGAUCCGGGGAUACGCCUCUAUUGGGGGCCGGGGGCGUCCACCGGACCCCUCGUUCCCCAAAAGACCAAUGUGAGCAUUGGUCACAAAGAACUAUAUCUAAACAAGACUACUUGGUCUUAUCAAAAAUUCAAGGACUGGGUACUUUGGCUGCUCUCAGUUCUCUGUGUUUCUGCAUUGAUUUCCAACGACAGCCUCAGAAAGUACUUCAACCCACCGCUUGUUCCCAACCCAGCUUUUCCUGUUGCUCAACAAGACCCAGAGCCAGCUAAACGAUCAAGCUGUGCCACAAGCGGUGUCCGCGGCGCUGCAUAUGAUCUUCCUCUACAUAUUGCAGCGUUGUUCAUCAUCCUCGGAACGUCCACAAUUGCAUGUGCAUUCCCAAUUCUCGCGACUCGGUUCCCGCGACUUCAUAUCCCGACCUCAUUUCUGUUUUUCGUCAGCCAUUUUGGAACGGGUGUUUUGAUCGCUACUGCAUUCGUACAUCUACUUCCUACUGCAUUCCAAUCAUUGAAUGAUCCAUGUCUAUCCGGUUUCUGGACGAGUGACUACCCAGCCAUACCGGGUGCUAUUGCACUAGCUGGUGUGUUCUUUAUCACGAUCAUCGAGAUGGUAUUUAGCCCGGCCCAGAGUAUCUGCCGUGGCGGCAAUCAUGGCUCCUCGCAGCCAGCCCUGCCACGUCCCGACAGAGAUAUUUCAACACAAAAUCCUGAUUUGAGCCCAUUCGGGCCUCGAGCGCCGAGCUCUCACUCCGCCACGCCGGAUCUACGAACUCAUGUGCGUGGCAUGGGUCCCCUGGUCGGACGAUCUUCCAGUAUAAGCCGAGCUAUCAAUCGUAUGGGCGAUGAAAACGACUCAAUCAUCCGAGUCUCCUCAGCGCCUGAGGUUCAAACACAUCACGAGAAAGAAAAUGGAACUAUCCAAUCCGAUGUAGAGCGGCAUGAGGACGUUCAUAUUCUCUCCCCGGAGCAAAAGCACAAGAAAGAGACUAUGCAGGUUUAUCUUCUUGAGAUGGGCAUUCUGUUUCACAGUGUUUUUAUUGGAAUGUCGCUCAGUGUAUCUAUUGGGAAUGAAUUUGUCAUCCUGUUGAUCGCCAUUGUAUUCCAUCAAACUUUUGAGGGGCUAGCACUGGGUUCCCGAAUUGCAUCGCUUCCCUGGUCAGAAGGGCAACUUCAACCUUGGUUCAUGUCUCUUGCGUAUGGCUGCACGACACCUAUUGGACAAGCCAUUGGCCUUGCAACUCACACACUCUACAGCCCAGACUCGGAAGUCGGCUUGCUGGUUGUUGGUGUUAUGAACGCCAUCUCUGCUGGACUUUUGAUAUUCGCCUCUCUCGUAGAGUUGAUGUCAGAAGACUUCCUCAGUGACGAGAGUUGGCGCGUCCUUCGUGGAAGAAGACGUGUCUAUGCCUGUCUUUUGGUCUUCAUGGGCGCAUUCUGCAUGUCUAUUGUUGGUGCUUGGGCUUAG